UGUUUUUUCAACAAAAGAAUAGAAAGUAAAUUGUAGAAAUAUUUGAACUCUAAAAUUAUUUUUAAAUUGUUUCUGUCCAUAUAUUAGAAAUUUAAAACUCCAAAUUCGUCAUUUAAGAACUUUAAAAAUUAUUAAAUAUUUCAGAAAACAAUGGAGUCUAAUGUUGAAAAUCCUGGGCUAAGUGAAGCCGAAUUUCAGAGAAUUUGCCAAACAAUUGCUACAAGCAUACAAAAGGUCCUACAAAAUGUAAAUCAAAUGAAUAGAAUGGUAAAUCAAAUUAAUACACCUCAAGAUUCGCCCGAUUUAAAAAAACAAUUGCAUCAACUUAUGACAUAUACACAUCAAUUAGUUGAAGAUACUAAUGGUCUAGUAAAAGAGUUGGAUAAAAGUAAAGACCGUUCUUUGAAAAUCCAAAGAGAUCGCAUGGUCGAUGAAUUUACAUCAGCGCUUACAUCAUUUCAGCAAUUGCAAAGAAAAACUGUGGAAAUUGAAAAAAAUGUUGUGCGGCAAGCUCGAGCUAAUCAAUACAAUAUUUCGAAGCCCCCAGGAGCCAACCAAAGUCGUAGUCUUGGAUCAUUUUUCGAAGAUAAUUUCACGAACCGUAAUAAUAAAACUAAUACUCAAAUCCAGAUACAACAAGAAGAAAUUGAUUUAGAAGCUUUAGAAGAACAAGAACGGGCUAUAAGGGAAUUAGAAGCAAAUAUUGCUGGGGUUAAUGAAAUAUAUAAGAAAUUAGGUGCAAUGGUCUAUGAACAAGGUUUGGUAGUAGAUUCAAUUGAAUCCAAUGUUGAACAGACUAGUGUUUUUGUUGCUACAGGAUCUGAAAAUUUACGUAAAGCCAGUCAAUACAAGAAUAAACUUCGCAAACGCAAAGUUAUAAUAGGUUCUGUUUUGUUUGCAGUAUUGAUAAUAAUUAUGACGAUAAUUAUUGUACAAAUCAAAAAUUAGUUUCAAGAAAAGUUAUGUACUUCAAGCUUGAUUAACAUUUAUUUACUAAAAGUCAUCAUUUAUUAUUUUUUAUAUAAUUGUUAUAUUUUUAUCUAUGCACGUAAAAUUUUAUAAUAUUUAUUAUAAACAAAAAUGUUUUGUGGAAAAUAUACGUUAAAAGUAUAUUAAAACAUACAAUAAAAUCACGAAAAUAAAUUAGGAAAUCGAAUUAAAUAUAAAAUACUGAAAAUGUGGUUUUGUUUAUAAUUUUAUUGUAUGUUUAAUUGCUAGUAGUAGGAAGUACACAAAUAAAAAUCUAUAAAUGUGUACUUUUUACUACAUAUUAUAUUAUAUAAUUGGAAAUAUUUAAUAUUAUUUAUAUUAUUUACUUCAAUAAUUACAUAAUAAUUUUUUCAAAAAUUUUUUAGCAACUCAUUCAACAAAAAAAAAUCUUUCUGCUUUUAUAGAAAAUAAAUUCUUGUAAUAAGCAAUAAAAAUACAAAAAAAAAACUUGUUUAUUCAUUAAUGAGCAAUUCCAAUUCAUAAAUCCAAAUUAAUGAUAUAAAAAUUAUUUUUUUU